AUGAGGAAGAUGAGGAGGUUGAGACUAUCAGGAAGAAGGAAGACUGAAAGAGUGGCUGAAGGAGGGGCUGAAGGAGGGGGUGUAGGAGGGGCUGAAGGGGUAAGCGAGGAGACCCAAGGAAGAAGGACCCUCCCAGCAGCCCCUCCUGUGGGACUACCAACUGUGAGGUCCCCAGCUGCUGCUUCAAUUAUCGUCACCUCUCUAAUGGCCUCCCUCUCCCCCCCACCCCUCCACCACCCCAGGGAGACACUGCCGCCUCCUCCACCCACGCCCUCACCCACGCCCACACCAACGUCUUCUGCGCCUUCGUCAGCACGCCCUCAGAACCACCGGGAUUUGAGAGUAGGAGGAGGAGGAGGAGGAGGAGGAAGACGAAGAAGAAGCAGUAACGAAGGAAGUGGAGGAGGAGGAACAAGAGGAAGAGGAGGAGGAGGAGGAGGAGGAGGAGGAGGAGGAGGAAGAAGAAGAGCCUCAUCUCCCGCGUCACCAAGAAGUCGUGUUUUCUCAGGCGUGGGCGGGGCACGGGCGGCGGGCGGCACUUGGCACCAUGGACACUCGGGUCUGUUCGCGUGUCUGGCCGUCACCGCAACCACCUUCAACAUCUCUCGCUUCGCUGUCCUUGGAGCCAGGUUUGGAUGGCCCUUCGUGGUGCAGUGGGUAGUGGUGUCAAUAUUCCUAGGCCUCCCUCUGAUGUCCUUCCACGUCACCUUAGGGCAGUACCUCGGAAGCGGCGUGGUGGACAUGUGGGCCAUUUCUCCAAUAUUCCAGGGCGUGGGCUACAGUGUGCUGGCGGCGCAGGCUCUGGUGGGUCUGUACUGCUGUGUCCCCGUGGCCUGGCUUUUUGUCUUCUUCCGCGACUCUUUCAUCACUCACAAUAACAUGUUUAGAUGGGCGGACUGCAGAUUGGUCAACUGUUCCCUGGACGACAAUUUUUCUACCAUUAUCAUCGAAGGAAUCCCAAAAUAUUUCAACUCCCAGGUGUUGCAGCGCGGGGAGGAGGGAGCGUCGUGGUUGCAGGAGAUGGGCAGUCUUCGCUUUGAUAUGGCCUUCAAUGUUGCUCUUAUCUGGAUUAUCACUCUCAUUGCUCUCAGCCGGGGCAACCAGUCAUACGGCAAGGUGUGUUACUUGGUGUUCCUGGUGCCCUUGUUGUGUUACCUGGUGGUGGCCUUGUACCUCAUCUCCAGCGCCAGGGACACGCCCCUCGCCUCAGACACCCUCACCUCCUUCACUGACUUCUUCAUAAACAGCCGGUCGUGGAUGGCGGCCAGCAGGGAGGUGUUCCUCGUGUGGGGAUUCCACGGCGCCGUCCUGCAGCAGAUGGCGGCUCAUAACAAGAGAAAUCACCCUCUUCAACGGGACACGACUUUGCUGUGGGUGGUGACUAGUGUGGUGCUGGUGGUGGCGGCGGCGGCGGGGCUGUCCUGUGUGGCGGGGCUAAGACAGAGAGACCUCGCCUACACGCCUUCGUCCUUCGAGACCACGAAAAGGGCUCAGUUCCUGGUAGAGAGGCAGGAACACAAGGAACAGGAGAGCGUGUGGCACCCUCAACUCGGCCCUCUCAGUCCAACCCGCACUGCCAACUUUCACUACCAUGAUAACUUCUAUUCUGGCAUUCGUAUCCGCCCGCCUAUCCUCAGAGCUAUGGGCAAGAGACCCAACAACGCCCCUCCUCCCCCUAGCGGCUACCAGUCCCUACGCCUCGCCACGGAGCUCUUCCCGGCUUUGGCUGUGAAUGGGGCCCAACAGAUCUCCCCCUUCUGGUCAUCUCUCUUCUAUCUCAGCCUGCUACUGUUUGGCAUCGCUCAGCAGCUGGCGGUGUGGCGGACUGUGGUGGAGGCUGUCAUCUGCAUCAACAGAAAGAGAUUGCAAGGUUGGGAAACUUUCAUCACCUUUCUCUGCUGUCUGUUUGGGUUCUCCGCAGCCCUUCCUAUGGCCACUGGGGCUGGCAUCCACAUCCUUUACUUCCUGGACUACGUGGUGAGCUGCGGCUGGUGGCUCAUGAUACUACAGCUGGUGCAGAUCUUCGCGCUGCUGUUCGUGAGGGGCAAGCCGUACAGCGGGCAGGACAUCGUGAGGGAGCUGAUGGGGCGGCAGGACCAGUGUCGAUCUCUGUGGCUGGGAUCCCUCACCUCCUUCGCUUGGAAUAUCAUUGUUCCUGUUGGCCUCCUUGUGCUCUCCAUCUCCUCCUUCAAGAGUGGGCAGUUUAGGGAGGUGUUCGCGUGGUCCUCCUCCCAGUACUGGCCCACGUGGGUGUGUCAAGUGGCGGCCGCGCUCCAGCUGGCCCCAAUACUGCUGGUGCCUCUCGUGGGACUUGUUCAAACGUGUCGCUACCUGGCACUCACUGACGCAGACUUGUUCGAGCGCAUCCAGCUUCUGUACCGGCCGUCCCUCCUCCAGCAAGUGAGGGUCGGGGGUUCCUUCGCCUCCCACUCCGAGGGGAACGAGGGGGAGGAGGAGGGAGGGGAGGGAGGGGAGGACUCGGAAGCAAGCCUCACCCCCCGCCCCUACAGUGACCCUCCGCCCAAGUACAUUCCCUACUGGCGCGAGCCCGCUGACUGACUGACUUAUUCUACUGCUACUGGCGCGAGAUUCGCGAAGUUUCUGAACACCAGCGUGCGAAACAGCAUGAGGCGUCUUCACAGCACAUUCACAGCACCAGGACCACCACAGCGGGACCAGGAGACCAGUACACCCACAGCAGUCCCUACCACAGCAUCCACCACAGCUCCACAAGCACCACAGCCUUACAUUCCCCCACCAGACUAUACCACAGCGCCUCCACAGUACUCCACACUGGACCCUUUGAGACGCCAGCAAGCAUUAGCGGCUCUUGGAACUGCUGCUGUGGCGCCUAGCUGUGUGAAAGUGGAGGAGGACACAGGGCAGGCUUCAGGGACACCACAGCCACAGCCACAGCGAAGCCCAUCCCUCUCUCCGCUUCACAGAACGAGUUUUCGUAAUUCAAGUUUGCGUCGAAGCUUCGCGUCUGGAGUUCGAAGGAGCGCAAGGAGAUUGGCAGCGAGUUUGGGCAUGCGUAGUGGUGAUGAUGGUGCGUGGCUGGUGCUGGCGGGUGCUGGGGGUGACGGGGGUGAUUUAGAGGCAGGGGCAGCUGGUGGGGGUGCAGGGGUGGUGUCUGGGGCAGGGGUGGCAGGGUUAGUUGGGCAGAGUCAGUCACAAGCGUUUGUUUAUACGAAUAUAGAAUUGUUGUCUCACUCCCAUGCUUAGUCUCUCUCUCUCUCUCUCUCUCUCUCUCUCUCUCUCUCUCAUAAAAAAAAUUAGUCCUCUUUUUUUCUCAUAUUUCUUCCCGUUUUCCUUAUUUUUUUUACUUUUUCUCUUUUUUUCUCCCAUUUUCUCUUUUCCUUCUUCAUUUCUUCUUUUUCCCUCCUUUCCCAUCUUCUCUUCCUCCUCCCCAUUCUUUUUUUUCCAUUUUCUUUUCCUCCUCCAUUUCUUCCUUUUUUUUGUCCUUCCCAUUUUCUCUUUUCCUUCUUCUCCUUCCUAUUUCUCUCUAUUCCUCCCAUUUUCUCUCUUCCUCCUCCCCAUUCUUCCUUUUUCUUCUCUUCCUCCUCCCCAUUUUCUUUUCUUUCCUUUUUCCUCCUUCCCAUUUUCUUUUUCCUCUCGUUUUCUUCCUUGUCCACCUCCCGUUUUCUGUGUCCCGGUGCUGUGUGAUCGCCUCGGCGUUACUAUUUAUAGUGUAAAUACUUAAUGUGAUAAAUAGUCUUCUCUAUUACCCAUUAAAACUUGUACAGCCCCCUUAAGCCCCCCCUCCGUCACAUUAGCCCCCUCAAAAAAGCCCCCUUCCCAUUAUUUUUCUUCUAUUUAACACAGCCCCCCUUUUAAUUCCGUCCAUUUGUCUUUUAUUGCCAUUUUUACCCAUUAGAAUUUAUACAGCCCCCUCAAGCCCCCUCAUACCCCUAUCACCCCAUAGCCCCCUGAAAACCCCCAGCUUCCCAUUUUCUCCCAUCUAACAGUCCCCAUCUCUUGAAUUCCGUCCAUGUGUUCCGUUUUCUUUGAUCGUCAGGUGAUAGAAAGCUGGACAUUUGUUUUUUAUUGUUGUUUUUCUUAUUUUGUUUUUAUUUGUCGUUCUCGAGUCACUAAUACGAUGUGCAAUAAAAUGUGACUGUUU